GUUUGCUGUACAAACUUGAUUGCUUGGUCCUCCCAUACGCUAUGGAAUUUGGCCUUUGAAAUUGAAAGAAGGGGCCCAGAUACAGAAGACUGUUGGAGGCCACUGAACAUCGCUGGCAAGUGUUGCAUGGAGGAAACAAUCUGUGCUGUUUGAUUGAACAGAGCCUGAGGUGUAAGGUUUCUUUGAGGCGGCCAUCUUUUAGGUUUCUGAAGUUCUGAAGGCUGACCUUUUCAGUCUGGAGGAGAUUGAGGCCCCCGAGCUCCUGGUUGUGGAAGCUGGAUUCCGUUAGUGGCGGUGGGGUCGGACUUGCGCUUGUGGUCGCCGCUCUGGUGGAGGAGAGCUUUCUGCUAUUUUUAAACUGAAGACAGCAUCCAGUUCAUAGAAGUGCAUCAGCGCACUUGAGUAGAGAAGAGGACUCUGAAGUUCAAUCAAGCAGGGCAAAGCGACAUUCUUUCCUUCCGACGAGAAGAUGGCGUCCCGCUCAAGGCUGUUCAAGGAGUUUAAGGAAGUGCAGAGGGAUAAGAAGGACACAGACAUCGUGCUCUUUCCGGACGAGUCCAACAUCUAUCGAUGGACCGCAUACAUCAAGGGCCCCGCAGAGACGCCAUACGAUGGCGGAACUUUCCAGCUGUCCAUCAACGUCCCAGAAAACUACCCCCUGACUCCACCCGUUGUGCGGUGUAAUACCAAAAUCUUUCAUCCAAAUGUCCACUUCAAGACGGGGGAGAUCUGCCUAGACAUUUUGAAAACCGCAUGGAGCCCUGCCUGGACACUCCAGUCGGUCUGCCGAGCGGUGAUUGCGCUCCUGUCACAUCCAGAACCGGAUAGCCCGCUCAACUGUGACUGUGGCAACUUACUCCGAGCAGGGGAUUUGAGGGGAUACAAGUCGAUGGCUCGAAUGUACACGAAACUAGCUGCUUCGCAAGUCAAGCCACCUUCCAUCUGAUGUAGGCUCGAAAUGAGGGUUAAGCUAAAACCCUGUCUCGAUGGGGAGUCGUGAAUAUAUCCGUCACAAAGACCUAGCUUUUGGGUAGACAGGUAAUGAUCCUGUUUAAUGAGCAUCUGUACAUACAUAGACUGAUAUUUGGUUGAAAGAUCAAGGACCGUCAACGUGGUGGCUGCCUACCCAACUCUUAAAGUUGAUUUGAUUGUGCAUCUUGAAUUCGUUCGAAAUGCAUGUGCACUCGUUAAAAC